CACAAGCAGGAACAACAGCAGUACUCUACAGGACGAUUUUUUUUAGCUCUUCUGGAAAUAUAUCAUACACGAUCAUUGUCUUAAUACACCAUUUAGUCAAUGUUUAAUAUUUGUUUUAUAACGUCAAAAUUGUAACGAAAAUUCAAACAAAUUAUGUAGUUAUCGAACGAAGCAUGUCUGAAACUCAGUCACAAUGUUUCCGAGUUGUUGAGGAUAGCUUUGGAAGUAUUGAAGUUCCUGUCGAACGUUACUAUGGUGCACAAACUGCCAGAUCUCUCGAGAAUUUCAAUAUCUGCACAAGAAAGGAUACAAUGCCUUUGCAAAUAAUCCAUUCACUAGCUAUGAUCAAGGAAGUCGCUGCUUCUACGAAUUUCAAGCUCGGGAGACUAAGCUCUGUAAUAUCAGACGCCAUAAUAACGGCUUGUCGCGAAGUAUACUAUGGAAAACUCGAUGAUGAGUUCCCUCUUGUUAUUUGGCAGACUGGUUCCGGUACUCAGACUAACAUGAACGUUAAUGAAGUUCUCUCGAGUAGGGCUAGUGAGCUGAUUGGAGGUUCCCGCGACACGAAACUGACUGUUCACCCAAACGAUCACGUCAAUCUUGGACAGAGUUCUAAUGAUAUUUUUCCUACUGCUAUGAACCUUAGCAUUGCAAUCGAAACUGCUUGGAGGGUUUUGCCUUCUUUAAGUCAUCUCAUAAACGCACUCGAAUGUAAGAUGCAUGAAUUCAUGAACGUUAUCAAAAUUGGAAGGACCCAUAUGCAAGAUGCCGUCCCAAUGAGCGUCGGGCAGGAAUUGAGUGGAUACGUCGGCCAACUUCAGCAGGCAGUUGAUUCAAUUAAAUCACAACUGCCAUCGGUUUGCUGCUUAGCUGUUGGUGGAACUGCCGUUGGAACUGGACUAAAUUGUAAUAAAGGUUUCGAUGAAGAUAUCUGCCUAGGGCUAACACAAUUGACUGAUCGUUUCUACAAAACCAUACACAAAGAAUCUGCACCAAUGACAGACCUCAUAUUUAAACCAGCCCGAAAUAAGUUUGCAGCUCUUGCAGGACAUGAUGCCUUAUUACAGUUAAGUGGUUGUUUUAAUACCACCGCUACGGCUUUGAUGCGCUUGUCCAAUGAUUUUUGUUUGCUCAGCUCUGGACCGAACUGUGGCCUCAGUGAAUUUAUCUUACCAGCAAACGAACCUGGAUCAAGUAUUAUGCCAGGUAAAGUUAAUCCAACUCAAUGUGAAUCUCUACGAAUGGUUUGCCUGCAGAUAAUGGGUAAUCACUUCACAGUUUCAAUGGCAGCAUCCCAGGGUCAACUGGAAUUAAAUGUUUAUAAACCUUUAAUAGCUGCAAAUCUCUUACACACAUGUGAUCUGUUAACUGAUUCAACACGUUGUUUUGCUGAUAAAUGUGUAAAAGGUCUACAGCUGAAUCGAGAACGAAUCCAGGAAUACGUAACUAAGUCGUUAAUGUUAGUCACAGUCCUAACGCCUCAUAUUGGUUAUGAUUCAUCAGCUAAAUUGGUUCACUAUGCAUCGAGAUUCAAAAAAGGAUUACGUGAAAGCGCAAUCGAGUUAAAUUUACUAUGUGGGGAAAAGUUUGAUGAAAUUGUUAAACCACAGGAAAUGGCGUUUCCUCAUGGCAACAAAUGAAAAAUUUCUUUUAUUAUCGUUGAUUGCUUGGAUCAUUAACAGUAUAAUCUUACUUGAUAAUACUUGAUAUACUUGAUUAUGAUAUAUUGAAAAUAUGAAAUAAUUUAAUCCACUAAAAAUAGUUUUAGUAAGAAUUUUCGUACAAUUUCAAAGGGAUAAUUUCACUGUAGUUGGGCGUGUAGUGUCUGAAGAAUGUAAAAAUUCUAUCUUCUUUUUCAUUAUACUUUUUCUGUCAUCUACAGUAUAU